AUGAGAUCAAACAAAACCUCCUCCACCGUCAUGCCAGAACCCGACUUCAUCAACACUGUCUACACCAUCAUUUGUAACACACCCUCAAUAGCACCCUUCACACCCGUCCCCCCAAUCCACAUCUCCUCCAACUCUCAAAUCCAAGACCGCCUCGACUUCGCCGUCUCCCUCCUGUCCCACCCCCUCUACAACCCCCAACUACAAACGCGCCUCCCCCUCGAAGAAUACCAAACCCUCUGCAACGCCCUCCUCCACCCCCAACCCUCAAACCCAGCCUCCACCUCAAAACAAAACUCCACACUCUAG